GUAGCGCAGUAAUUUAUCUUUCACUCUCAAACGUCAUUGUUGUUGAACGCGUUUUUUUUUCUAAUUAUAGCUGGAUGUGAUUCUGUUCAGUGUCUAUGGCAUAUGGUUCCGAUGACGAGGUCUUUGGAGUGAAUGUGUGUUACUGAGUGGAGUGUGUGUGUGUGUGCUCUGAACACAUGAGUGUGUCUCUGGUUGUGAUCAGACUCGAGCUCGCUGAUCAGUCUGAUUCCCCGCGAGGCUUUCACUACUGCGCCGUUUCAGAGAUGUCAGAGGACGAGAUGAGAGAGACCGCACUGGUCUCCCCAAGAGCGACGCUGGCUGGUAAAACAGAGCUGGAGCGAGCGGCCAUCCUCCACCAGCACCUGGGCAGCCGCGUCAUGAGCGACAUGGUGAUCGAGAGCUUCCAGCCCAGCGCAGGUCUGCAGAACAGCUCUUCAGAUCUGAAGUCCACAGAUGACGGAGAUGGAGAAGCUAAAGAUCAAACAGAUGAGAGCAGGACUCCAGACUCUCCCUCCAAACAGCUGCCGGAUCAGAUCUCCUUCUUCAGCGGAAACCCGUCAGUGGAGAUCGUCCACGGCAUCAUGCACCUCUACAAAACUAAUAAGAUGACGUCACUCACAGAGGACGUGCGGCGCAGCGCGAUGCUGUCCAUCCUCACUGUACCCACCACCAUGACCAGCCACGACCUCAUGAAGUUCUUGGCUCCCUUCAACGACGUCAUGGAGCACAUGAAGAUCAUCCGGGACUCCACGCCCAAUCAGUACAUGGUGCUGGUCAAGUUCAGGAGUCAGGCCGAUGCCGACAGCUUCUACACAGCGUGCAACGGCCGUCAGUUCAACUCCAUUGAGGAUGCUGUCUGCCAGUUAGUCUAUGUGGAGAGAGUGGAAGUCAUCAAAUCUGAAGAGGGGGCCAGUUUACCUGUGAUGGAUCUGACUGAGCUGCCCAAGUGCACCGUGUGUUUGGAGCGCAUGGACGAGUCGGUCAACGGCGUGCUGACCACCCUGUGCAACCACAGCUUUCACAGCCAGUGUCUGCAGAGAUGGGAGGAUGCAACGUGUCCUGUGUGCAGAUACUGUCAGACUCCUGAACCCGUGGAGGAGAACAAGUGUUUUGAGUGUGGAGUGCAAGAGAAUCUGUGGAUCUGUCUUAUCUGUGGUCAUAUCGGCUGCGGACGCUACGUUAGUCGUCAUGCUUACAAGCACUUUGAGGAAACGCAGCACACUUACGCCAUGCAGCUGACCAAUCACAGGGUCUGGGACUACGCUGGAGAUAACUACGUCCAUCGGCUUGUUGCCAGUAAAACUGAUGGGAAGAUGGUUCAGUACGAGUGUGAGGGCGACACGUGUCAGGAUGAGAAGAUCGAUGCGCUGCAGCUCGAGUAUUCAUAUUUAUUAACCAGCCAGCUGGAUUCUCAGCGCAUUUACUGGGAGAAUAAAAUAGUUCACCUGGAGAAAGACACAGCGGAGGAGAUAAACAACAUGAAGGCCAAAUUCAAGGAGACGAUUGACAAGUGUGACAGUUUGGAGCGGAAACUAAACGAACUCAUCAAAGAAAGACAAUCCAUUGAAAAAAAAUGUUCACAGCUGAACAACAAAGUGGUGAAGCUUGGUCAAGAGCUGCGGGAGGAGCAGGAGAUGAACCGAUGCCUGCGAGCCAAUCAGACGCAGCUCCAGGCGCAGCUGCAGGAAGAGGAGAGGCGGGCUCUGGAGACGGCAGCCAAUAAAGACGGCCAGAUCGCCGAGCUGCAGGAGCAGCUGCGAGACGUCAUGUUCUACCUGGAGACGCAGCAGCAGAUCGACCGCAUGCCGGCAGACGCCCGACAAGAAAUCCAAGAGGGUCAGAUCAACAUCGCUUCGGCCCCUGCUGCCCCACAGCCCGGGCCCUCGGCCCUCGGCUCCGGCAGACUGAGCGGCCGCAAGGGACGAUCCAAGAGGGGAAAGUAGCGAAAGACGUUGUGUUUAAUAUAUGCAGUGCUUAAGAAAUGUUGCACAGGAAAUUAGGACAUUUUAAUAACCAUCCUUCCUCAUGUUAGAAGCUCUAAAAUAUUAGAUUAUGAUUUGUUCACUAAUCUCUUGCAAGAGGACACCUGCUUAGAAAUGUAGCUCAGCCUGUUUUAUAUGAAAACAAAGUCACUGAAUUUUAUUUUCAGAUGUGCUCAUAGCUGGAAGAUGUCAUUUUUUGAUUUACUUUAUGAUUGUAGGAAUUAUUGAAUAUUGCUCUCCGCAACUCUUGACGGAUGGAUCUCACACAGUUCUUGUAAUGUUUCACAUCGAGAGAGAGAGAGUGAGAAAAAAAAAUUAUAUUUUGCUGUAAUGCAUCUGGAUUAGUGUUGUAAACUCUUUUUUUUUUAAGAAUUGCAUUUAUAAUAUAUGGGAGCUCGUUUCCGGGAAGAAAAAAAAAACAGAAUUGUG